AUGACGUAUCGCCGAGACUCUGAUUUCCAUUUUGUGCACGGACAGUUCUCAAAAGUCUCAUCGCCCUAUAAGGAGAGAGAAUUGGAUAGGAUGCUUAUGGCCAAGACGAAAACUGCCGUAGCGUUCAUCAGCCAUUGUACCAUCCAGUCCCGUAGGUUGGAAUACAUACGAAAACUCCGCAAAUACGGUGUCGAUGUAGACAUAUACGGAAAAUGUGGAACACUUAAAUGUAACUCAGGAUUAAACCGCUCAGAAGAACUAAAGGCAGCAUGGAACGUCUCACCAAACUUAAAAAUGACAAAGGACUGCUUCAAUGUGUUGGAUAGUCGAUACAAAUUCUAUUUAUCUUUUGAGAAUAGUUUAUGUGAUGACUAUGUCUCUGAAAAGUCACUUCAUCUUGUGUUACGUCAUAACAUUGUUCCUAUCAUCAGAGAUGCGUCCAAUCAUAGCUUAUUUCAUCCUCCGAAAUCUUAUCUGGAUACAAAAGACUUUAAAAAUGUCGAAUCACUAGCAAAUCACAUUAAAAAGUUGAGUCGCAAUUUCCGAGAGUACAAAAAAUAUUUUCACUGGAAGAAAUAUUACACUGUUGAAACAGUUAGUGCAGUGUUACAAUCAAACUUAUGUCAGAUAUGUGAACGUCUACAUAACCAACACAAAUAUCAGAGGGUCUACAGAGACAUAGUGGGCUUUCUAUUGUCACGUGGAGACAACUCCCCGAUUUGUCAUCAACCCUCUGACUUGUGA